AUGCAACUCAGGUCCGGGCGGCGCUUAGUGUACCCACCGCCGAAGCAGCAAGGAGGUGACCAUCGCCGCCGGUCCCAGCAAAUCUCAGAGGACAGGAUCAGCAGCCUGCCUGAGGACCUGCUCCUUGAGAUUCUCGUCCGUCUCAGGUCUGUCGCUGACGCUGUGUGUGCUGGAGCAGUAUCCCGUGGCUGGCGCGACCUCUGGACUGAGCUUCCUGAGCUCAUUUUCUGGUCCGCCCACCCUCUCUCUGUCCAGUCGAUGCUUGCCAGGAUCACCCGUCCAUCGCUGGACCUCGUCAACAUCUAUCUGUGGUCAGACUGGGGUGACAACGACUACGAAGACUGGGAUGUACAAAUAUCCUUGCUUCUCCGCGGCGCCGCACGGCUGUUGCCGGAGAAAUUCAUCAUCACAAUAGAUAUCCACCAAACAGGCUGCGUCGUGGAUCUUCCUUGCUUUGAGCGCACCUCCUUCCUUAGUCUUCACAUGAGGGCAAUCUCAAUUAGAUUGCCACAGUAUGGUGAAUUCACUGCGCUCAAGAGCCUUCACCUGGAAUUGUGCUGCAUCCACCUUUGCACCCUACUCCGCCUCUGCCCGUCCCUGCGCAUCCUGAACAUCAGGAAUUGCAGCGAUCUCAGACAUGCUGGCACGGUGAUUGUUCACUCGCCGUCGCUUGAGGAGUUCAGCUUGGAGAUAAGUAAUCAUGACAUCUGCUGCAUCCUGAACAUCAGGAAUUGCAGCGAUCUCAGACAUGCUGGCACGGUGAUUGUUCACUCGCCGUCGCUUGAGGAGUUCAGCUUGGAGAUAAGUAAUCAUGACAUCUGCUGCAUUGACAUUGUGGCCCCGGUGCUUAAGGAGGUGACAGUGGAGGCCUAUAUUGACAUAAGCUUCACUUUGUCCUUCUUGGCCCCAAUGGUGAAAAAACUUAGAUGGAGUUAUGAUUAUGGCUACGUUUUUGUUGGGUUCGACCAAAUAUGGCGACUCAUGAGCAUAACGGUUGCGUGA